GUUUGGGUUGUCGCCGUGCGUCCUCCUCGCAGCGUGGAGGAGGAGAGGAGGAUGUGUGUAUGCUGACAUCUGCAAGCCAGGGGUGUACAGCGACAAGACCGCAGCAAGCAGACCAACUACAGCCAGCGAGAUCCAGGAAACUUCACGACAUGUAACUUAUCCAAACGAGGCCUGUGUCCUAUAGGGCACAGAAUACUGUGAACCCACCCUUCAUUGCUGUCAUGAGGGGACGCUUUUCUCGGAAACUGGGGGUGCUGGCCAAAGCCACCUUCCUGCUGUGGUUGCUGUGGCUGGGGUACCUGUUCUUGGCCCGCUCCUCAUUCUCUGACUCAGGAGAGGAUGAGGAAGAUGAGGAGGAGGUGAAGGCCCGCCAAUUGAUCUUGGAGGAGAGGGGGGCUGAAGCUCUGCUGUCAAGACCCUUGUAUCUCAAACCACCUGCAGACCACAAUGCCCCGGGAGAGUGGGGCCGGGCUGCACACCUCAGCCUCAGUCCAGAGGAGAAGAAGCAAGAGCAGGAUGCUGUGGAGAGAUACGCCAUCAACAUCUUUGUCAGUGACAAAAUCUCCCUCCACAGACACAUUCAGGACAACAGGAUGAGUGAAUGUCAGAACAAGAAGUAUGACUAUCGGCGGUUACCCACUACUUCAGUGAUCAUAGCCUUUUACAAUGAAGCCUGGUCUACUCUGCUGCGGACCAUUCACAGCGUCCUCGAGUCAACACCAGCCAUUCUUCUGAAGGAGAUCAUACUUAUUGAUGACUAUAGUGAUCGAGUAUACCUGAAAUCUAAAUUGGCGGAUUACAUCAGUAAACUGCGCCGUGUUCGCCUCAUCCGCACCAAUAAAAGAGAAGGGUUGGUGAGAGCGCGUCUUAUCGGUGCCACCUACGCCACAGGUGACGUACUGACAUUCCUGGACUGUCACUGUGAGUGUGUUCCAGGUUGGAUUGAGCCACUACUUGAAAGGAUUGGAGAGAAUGCCAGCACUGUUAUUUGCCCUGUUAUCGACACCAUUGACUGGAACACAUUUGAGUAUUAUAUGCAGACGGAUGAGCCAAUGAUCGGGGGAUUUGACUGGAGACUCACCUUUCAGUGGCACUCUGUCCCUGAAGUGGAACGCAAGAGGCGCAAGUCCCGCACUGACCCCAUCAGGUCUCCCACAAUGGCUGGUGGCUUAUUUGCCGUGAGCAAGGCCUACUUUGAGUAUCUGGGCACAUAUGAUACAGGGAUGGAGGUGUGGGGAGGAGAAAACUUGGAACUCUCUUUCAGGGUGUGGCAGUGUGGUGGAAACUUGGAGAUCCAUCCUUGCUCUCAUGUGGGUCAUGUGUUCCCAAAGAAGGCUCCUUAUGCCAGACCCAACUUCCUCCAAAACACGGUUAGAGCUGCAGAGGUUUGGAUGGACUCUUACAAGCAACAUUUCUACAACAGAAAUCCACCAGCCAAAAAGGAGAAUUAUGGGGAUAUCUCAGAUCGCCUGCUUCUCAGGAACAGGCUGAAAUGCAACAGUUUUGAUUGGUAUCUGAAGAAUAUUUACCCAGAACUGCACGUACCUGAGGAUAGGGAAGGCUGGCACGGAGCAGUACGAAGCUCAGGCAUAGCCUCAGAGUGUCUGGACUACAAUGCCCCAGAGCACAGUCCAACAGGAUCCCAUCUUUCUCUGUUUGGCUGCCAUGGACAAGGAGGCAACCAGUACUUUGAAUACACAUCUCAAAGGGAAAUACGCUUUAACUCUGUAACGGAGCUCUGUGCUGAAGUCUUGGAGGGACAGAUUUCCAUUGGAAUGAAACAUUGUCCUCAUGAUGGAGACGACAAACCACGCACCAUGUUGUGGGAUUUUCAAAAUAUGUCUAUUUCUACUCAGGACGGGACCAUCUACCACCCUCUCUCGGGGAUGUGCAUCACAGCGUUCCGCACAGGGGAGGGGCGCACUGACGUCCAAAUGCGGAGAUGUAGUCCAGGAGACAAAAACCAGCAGUGGAGGUUUGAGUGGUAGAGAAAUGACAGACAACAUUUGAACCAUAAUUAUAUGCUGCACUGGAAGUAGCCUCUGCUUUUUACAAGUGUCUCAGGUUGCCACCUCAUUUUAGAGGAAAGCAGGCAAUGAGCAGAUAAGAAGAGUGGAUGAAAGUCACUUUGAAGUCAGUAAAAGACCAAAUUCCCCUAAUUUUGUGAAAGGGGUGUAGACAGUGGAAAAAAAACCCCACAAGAAUGGAAAAAAGGAUGAACGAUGACAAGUGCCUUUGAAGAGCACACAAGUAAAAAAGUGCAAUGUUUAUCAAAAAAAGCAAAAAGCUUCAUAAUGAGACCAUUCAGUGCCUUUUUUAAAGACAUUUGUCCCUCCAUAGGAUGCACUAUUGAUCUUGACAUAGUAACAUAAAUUAUUAAAACUCUGGUCGUUUAUGGUGUACAGAUGACAUUUUGAAAAGUGCCUUGAAAGUACUACAAGUCCAACUGUAUAUUUAAUACAGCCACUGUGUUACCAGCUCCAUCAUGUGAGCGGAGAAAAGGGAGAACAACGCGGUCACAGUAGACUGCCCCUCAAUUGUAUCUUGUGUCUCUGGAGCUAUUUUCAUGCUAGAAUGCUGCCUGAACAAGAUUGAAAGCAUUUUUACACAUCUAUACUAAGUGCAAUUCUGCUUCAGAGACCGGAGUGCUGUAAUCUAUUGUUGUAUAAAAUUAAGAACAAUUAUCCAGACCCAUCCAUCAUUGUUUUUGCCUUGUUAAAAAAUUAUGUGUUGAAGUGGAUGAUGCCCAUGGAUGUCAGUGAAUGUGAAAUGCUGUAAACAACACUGGGCUACUAGACUUGAGUGUUUACAUUCAUGAGAUGCCUUUGAACCAAGCACCUUUUUAAUAUUUCAGUUUGGAUGUGCCAUAUUGUAUGUUAAAUCUACUUGAAUAAGGAAUCAACCACCCCCCAUUUAUUGUAUAACUAAAGACCCAGUGGACACCUACCCUGGAUUAUGAUGAAAA